CAUACCCCAAGACCGCAUCAUUCGCAUCGUCGUCUGCCAAGUCACACACACUGUCUGCACAGAGUAUACAAAUCUCGAAUCGUUAUCGUGGUUGUCGUCGCUGUUGAUACUUAGCUGCUGCUGCUGCCACUUUCAUCGUCAUCCUCAACGUCACUUUAUACGAAGUCGUUCGCCGUCCACUUCGACAAACUCAUCCGCAAUAUGAACCGGGCACUAAUAAUACUGCUUCUAUCAAUUGUAUUUGUUGUUGCUGAAUCACCAUAUGGUGGUGGAAGUAGCAACAGCAAUGGAAACGGUAGAAAUGGAGGAUAUGGAGGCAAAGGACAAUAUGGUGGAGGAAAUGGCGGUGGAGUAGGAUCAUCAUCAGCCAGUCCGUUUUUCAGCGGUGCCAAUCAAUAUGGAUCUCAAUCCGGUUUGUCAGGAGCAGCCAACAAUCGUUAUCCUUCAUUUGGGUCUAAAUUUGGAGGUAACAAAGGAAGCUAUGGAGGAUCUAGUUCUCGCAACAAUGGUCGAUACGGUAGUGGAUCGGCGAGUGGUUAUGGAAGUGGAUCUUCAGGUGGUCUUGGUAGCACUGGAAGGUCAACUGGAGGUUAUGGAGGCGGAUCAUCAGGAAGUUAUGGAAGUGGUUCAUCUGGUAGUUUAGGUAGUUCUACUGGAUCAAAUGGAAUUUAUGGAGCCGGCUCUUCGGGAGGUUUUGGCAGCGGAUCAUCUGGAAGUUAUGGAGGAGGAUCAUCAGGAGGUUUUGGCAGUGGAUCAUCUGGAAGCUAUGGAGGAGGUUCUUCUGGAGGUUUUGGCAGUGGAUCGUCUGGAAGCUAUGGAGGUGGUUCUUCAGGAGGCUUUGGCAGUGGAUCAUCUGGAAGCUAUGGAGGAGGAUCUUCAGGUGGCUUCGGCAGUGGAUCAUCCGGAAAUUACGGAAGUGGUUCCUCUGGGAGUUAUGGAAGUGGUGGUGGAGGACUUGGUGGAGCAUCUUCAGGAAAUAACGAUGGUUAUGGAGCUGGAGGUUCCGGAUCGUAUGACCAACUUGGGGGAGCCAAUGGUAAUGGACUUGGUGGAUCAGGAAACGAUCCUCUCUCGGAACCUGCAAAUUAUGAAUUUUCUUACGAAGUUAAUGCGCCAGAAUCUGGUGCUAUUUUUGGUCAUAAAGAAAGUCGUCAAGGUGAAGAAGCUACCGGAGUGUAUCAUGUACUACUACCCGAUGGUCGAACACAAAUUGUUGAAUACGAAGCUGAUGAAGAUGGAUACAAACCUAAAAUUACAUAUACUGACCCUGUAGGAGGAUAUGCUGGUGAUCGUCAAUCUGGAAAUAGCUAUGGUGGAAAUGGGGGCUUUGGAGGUUCAGGAAGUUUAGGGGGAAGUGGUGGUAAUCUAGGAGGUCUUUACAAUGGCGGUGGAUCUAGUAACAAUGGUGCUGGGUAUGGUGGUUCAAGUAGUAGUCUUGGAAGUAGAUAUGGUGGAUCAGGAGGUUCCAGUGGAAGUGGUGUAGGAGGUGGAUAUGGUGGGUCUGGUAGUUCAAGUGGUGGAAUAGGAAGUAGCUAUGGAGGAUCGGGAAGCUUAAGCGGUGGUCUGGGAGGUGGAUAUGGAGGAUCCGGAAGUUCGAGCGGGGGUCUAGGCGGUGGAUAUGGUGGUUCUGGUGGAUCAAGUGGAGGAGGAUUUGGUGGACUAGGCGGAUCAGGUGGUUCUAGUGGAAGUGGAUACGGUGGUUCAGGUAGUUCAAGCGGUGGUCUGGGAAAUAGCUAUGGAGGAUCGGGAAGCUCAAAUGGGGGUCUAGGAGGUGGAUAUAGUGGAUCCGGUGGUUCAAGUGGUGGCCUAGGUGGUGGGUAUGGAGCAUCAAGUGGUUCUAGUGGAAGUGGAUUAGGAGGUGGAUAUGGUGGUUCUGGUAGUUCAAGCGGUGGUCUAGGAAGUGGUUAUGGAGGAUUGGGAAGCUCAAGUGGGGGUCUUGGAGGUGGAUAUGGAGGAUCAGGAAGCUCAAGCGGUGGGCUAGGUGGUGGAUAUGGAGGUUCUGGAAGUUCAAAUGGAGGUAUAGGAGGUGGAUAUGGAGGAUCCAGUGGGUCAAGUGGUGGUCUAGGAGGUGGUUAUGGAGGAUCGGGAAGCUCAAGUGGGGGUCUUGGAGGUGGAUAUGGAGGAUCAGGAGGUUCAAAUAGUGGUUUAGGAAGUAGCUAUGGAGGAUCAGGAAGUACAAAUGGUGGUCUAGGAGGGGGUUAUGGAGGAUUAGGAAGUUCAAGCGGUGGGCUAGGUGGUGGAUAUGGAGGAUCAGGAGGUUCAAAUGGAGGUAUAGGAGGUGGGUAUGGAGGUUCAAGUGGUUCAGGUGGUUCUCAAGGAAGCGCUUAUGGAGGAUCUGGUAGUUCAAGUGGUAGUCAAGGAGGUGGAUAUGGAGGAUCAGGGAGCUCUAGUGGCGGAUUAGGAGGGGGGUAUGGUAGCUCCAGUGGUUCAAGUAGUGGUCUAGGUGGAUCCUAUGGUAGUAAUCGUAAUGGUUUAGGAAGUGGGUCAUCUUAUUAAUACUAUAUUUAUUGCUCAAAAAUAUAUGAUUUUUAAUCUUGUUAGAAAAUCUUAACUAAACGUAUUUAUUUAUUAAAUGAAUAAAUACAACUAUACCAUUUUUUUAGUUGUAUUGGUAUUACUACUCCAUCUAAAGUAUUAUAAACAUUUGAUUUUAUACUUGUGUAAUUUGCACAGUUUAUUCUUUGGUUACUUUACACUUAUUCUGCAUUGCUAUUGAGUUACGCAUAUUUGUAUGUAUAAAUCACAUUUCUUUUUUUUAUCGGUGAAAUGUACAAUUUGCUAUUAUUUUUAGAAAU